AGCAGCAGAAGAGGUUAUGGCUGUGGUUAGAAGAGGCGGCGCCCUCCCAGGAGGUGGAGGAGGGGAUCCAGUUGUUGGAGGGUGGUUUGGUUGGUAGGAGGAGGAUCCCGGGAUAAACAAGCCUGACUCUCCUGCUGGAUGAGGGAACAUGGCGGCUCUGCAUUUGCUCUUCCCCAGGGAAUCCCGGCCAGCGCUGCCCGCCGUGCAUUAACCGAUUUCAUCCUGAUAUCUGAAUAUUAAAUUGUUUAUGGAAAGGAGACAACUGUCAAUGUCCCUCAUGAAAAGUUAACAGGGGAAAUAAUGUCAGAAAUUUACAGUUUCUACUGCUAUUAUAUCAAGACCUUUGAAGAAGUAGUUCCCAUUUAAAGAAAAGUUGCUGAUAUGUUUUCAAGAUGAGUGGAAUCGGAGAAAACCCCUCGGACCCUUCCAGGGCAGAGCAGCGGAAGAGGAAAGAAAGCCCAGACCAGCUUGGCCCCAGCCCUAAACGCAGCACUGAGAAGCGUAACCGCGAACAGGAGAAUAGAUACAUCGAGGAACUUGCAGAGCUGAUUUUUGCAAAUUUUAAUGAUAUUGACAACUUUAACUUUAAACCCGACAAAUGUGCAAUCUUGAAGGAAACUGUGAAGCAGAUUCGACAGAUCAAAGAGCAAGAAAAAGCCGCCGCUGCAAAUGAGGAUGAAGUUCAAAAAGCGGACGUGUCCUCUACAGGCCAAAGUGUCAUAGACAAGGAUGCCCUUGGACCCAUGAUGCUAGAGGCCCUGGAUGGGUUCUUUUUCGUGGUGAACCGUGAAGGGAAUGUGGUGUUUGUCUCUGAAAAUGUGACUCAGUAUCUCCGGUACAACCAAGAAGAGCUAAUGAAUACCAGUGUAUAUAACAUAUUACACGUCGGAGAUCACAAUGAGUUCAUCAAAAACCUGCUGCCAAAGUCGUUAGUUAAUGGGGGACCUAGACGUAAUAGCCAUACCUUUAAUUGCCGUAUGUUGAUGAAGCCAGUAGUAGAGUGUGAAGAAGAGAAUCACGACAGCCAUGAAACACACCAGAAAUAUGAAACUAUGCAGUGCUUUGCAGUAUCCCAACCAAAGUCCAUUAAAGAGGAAGGAGAAGAUUUUCAGUCUUGCUUGAUUUGUGUGGCCAGAAGAGUUCUAGUGAAAGAGAGGCCUCCACUCCCCUCAUCCGAGACGUUCUCAACUCGUCAAGACUUGCAAGGUAAAAUAACUUCUCUGGACACGAGCACUAUGAGGGCGCUAAUGAGGCCAGGCUGGGAGGACCUGGUGCGCCGGUGUAUACAGAGAUUCCACGCGCAACACGAUGGCGAGUUAUCACUCAGCAAAAGGCAUCACCAAGAAGUUCUCAGGCUAGGGCUUGCACUAAGUCCUAUAUACCGGUUUUCUUUGUCUGACGGCACGAUUGUUGCUGCCCAAUCAAAGAGCAAGCUCAUCCGCUCACAGAAUAAUAAUGAACCUCAGCUUGUAAUAUCCAUACACAUGCUUCAAAGAGAACAUAAUCUGUGUGGAAUGAAUCAGGACUUGGCCGGACAAAACAUGGGAAAGACAUUGAACCCCAUUGUUUCUAACAGCCCAGCUCACCAAGCGAUGUGCAGCGGGAACCCCAGUCAGGAUAUGACCGUUAGUAGCAAUAUGAAUUAUGCCAUGAAUGGCCCAAAGGAACACAUGGGAUUGCAAGCUGGCAGAUACGUUGGUCCUGGAGGGAUGAACCAUGUCUCCAGCAUGCAAGCUACCACUCCUCAGGGUAAUAACUAUGCACUAAAAAUGAAUAGCCCAUCACAGGGAAGUCCUGGUAUGGGCCAGGCUCAGCCUAACUCUAUGCUAUCCCCAAGGCACCGCGUCAGCCCGGGAGUGGCAGGAAGUCCUCGCAUUGCACCCAGUCAGUUUUCCCCUGCAGGAAGUUUGCAUUCUCCAGUUUGUAGUAGCACAGGAAAUAGCCAUAGUUUUACCAACAGCUCUCUCAAUGCACUUCAGGCUCUCAGUGAGGGCCACGGUGUCUCUCUUGCCCCACCCCUGGCAUCACCUGACCUGAAAAGUGGUAACUUACAGAAUUCUCCGGGUAACCUAAACCCACCGCAGCUCAGAAAGAUGGGGAGUGUGGACUCUAAAGAGCAGUUUGGGCUUUACGGGGAACAGACUGAGGCUGCAGCUGGACAAGCAGAAACAGUCUGUCGCUCAUCUGACCAGAAGGAUUGUAAUGAAAAUAUGGCUUCUGGUGGUGACAAAAUGGAUGGUCAGAACAGAUUACUGGAUAGCAAAGGCCAGACAAAACUGUUGCAGUUGCUUACCACCAAAUCUGAUCAGAUGGAACCUUCACUGCUCUCCACUACUUUGGGAGAUACAAACAGCAAAGACUCCUUGGGACAUUUUGCAGCCAAUAGUAUGUCUGCCUCAGCACACGGAACCUCACUGAAAGAGAAGCAUAAAAUUUUGCACAGACUUUUACAGGACAGCAGUUCGCCUGUUGACCUGGCCAAGCUUACAGCAGAGGCCACUGGGAAAGAACUGAACCAGGAGUCCAAUAGCACAGGCUCUGGCUCCGAGGUUACUAUAAAACAGGAACCGGUGAGCCCCAAGAAGAAAGAGAAUGCACUACUUCGCUAUUUGUUGGAUAAGGAUGACAGUAAAGAUAAUUUGGCAGAUAUCACACCCAAGCAGGAACCCUUUGAUAGUAAGAUGGAGCCAUCGAUAAAAACGGAAAAAACUGAGCCAAACUUUAUACGUGGUGAUCAGGCCAGCUCUGAUCUGGAUAACCUGGAUGAAAUCUUGGACGACUUGCAGAACAGCCAAUUGAACCAGCUUUACUCAGACACCCGGCCUGAUGCUAACUCUGUUGACAAACAAGCCAUCAUCAAUGACCUGAUGCAGAUCACUGGGGAUAACAGCGGAGUGCAGAGGCAGAGAGCUAUCCGGAUACAGCAAAACAUGUUUAGUCAUGCUCGUGCUGCACAGCUACAGCAGCUUGGGAGACUACUACCAAACCAGAAUGUACCACUGGACAUCAGUUUACAGAACCAGACCACUGCUGGGUCAUUUCAGCCAAUGAGGAACAGCAGCCCAUUCUCCUCCAUGCCUCCCUCUGGGAUGAUGAACAGCCAAGGCAUGAUGGCAGGACAAGGCGGGGUGGGCAGCAACAAUUCUGGAAUGAUUGGUGGGAACGGCCCUAGACCAUCUCUACAGUCUACAGAGUGGGGCUCGCAGGCAGCACAGGUCAGGGCAGCAUGCCCCACAACGGGCAAUGCAAUGAACAGGCCAAUGCAGAGCAUGAUUAGAAGUCCAACCUCCAGUAUUCCCAUGAGGCCCACCGGGCAGACUUGUCCUAGGCCCAUGAUGCAGUCCGCUGUUAUGAAUAUGGGAGCUUCGGAUCUAGACAUGAACAUUGUUCGACCAACAUAUGCCCAGCAGCAGGCACCACCUAACCAAACGGCUCCAUGGCCAGAGAGUAUUUUGCCUAUCGAUCAAACCUUCAGCAAUCAGAGCCGGCAACAGUUUAGCUCACCAGAUGACAUGAUUUGUCAGCCCCCUUCGUCAGAGUCUCCGACAGAGGAAGGCAACCUUCUGGAUCAGCUUUACAUGGCGUUGAGAAACUUUGAUGGACUUGAGGAGAUUGACCGAGCUCUUGGAAUACCAGAACUUGUGAAUCAGAGUCAUUCUGUGGAUCCAGAAUCAUUUGUUAACCAAGAAUCAAACUUGCUCAUGGAUCAGAAAGCAACUGUCUUCAAUCAUGCAUAUGCUACGCAAGGGCAGAUGGCGCAGAAUAACUAUGCUCAGAUGACUGAUCCAAACUUCCACGCUAUGGGACAGCGUCCAAACUACGGAAUGCUGCGCAUGCAAACCCGACCUGGAUUGAGGCCCACUGGAAUGGUGCAGAACCAGCCAAACCAGUUGAGACUACAGCUACAGCAUCGGCUCCAGGCACAACAGAACCGACAGCCGCUAUUGAAUCCCAUGAAUAGUGUCUCCAACAUGAACAUGCCUAUGCGUCAAGGGGUACCAGCACAGAUGAGAGAACAGGGACCCAUCAAUGCACAAAUGCUGGCUCAAAGGCAGAGGGAGAUACUGAGUCAGCACCUACGGCAAAGACAACUUCAGCAACAACAAGUACAGCACAGGGCAAUGAUGAUGAGAGGACAAGGACUUACUAUGCCACCAAACAUGGUGGCUUCUGCUGCCAUGCCUGGAUCUAUAAGCAGCCCCCGGAUACCGCAAGCCAAUGCGCAGCAGUUUCCAUUUCCCACGAACUACGGUACUGGAAUUCCAUCCCCACCACCUUUCACCAGUCCUUUCUCCCCAGUGCCCCCCAGCCCUGGGUCACAGUCGCUCUCUCACAGCUCUUUGCAUGGCUCCCAGAUGAAUCUGGCUAACCAAGGGAUCAUGGGGAGUAUGGGAGGACAGUAUGGGCCUGUCAUGAAUUCCCAAAUUCAGCACAAUGCCUUCCAGUUUGCCAGCUCAGGCAUGAGCCAGCAGUCAGAUCCUGGAUUCACUGGGGCAACAACCCCACAGAGCCCAAUUAUGUCACCCAGAAUGGCCCAUACCCAAAGUCCCAUGAUGCAGCAGUCACAGGCCAACCCAGCUUACCAGUCAGCAGACAUGAAUGGAUGGGCACAGACGAAUAAUGGCUCUAACAGUAUGUUUUCACAACCAUCUCCUCCACACUUUGGGCAACAAGCUGGAACCAGCAUGUAUAAUAACAACAUGAAUAUCAACGCCUCCAUGGCAGCCAAUGGGACUGGCAUGAACCAGAUGACUGGGCAGAUCAACAUGACCUCUGUGACCUCCGUGCCUACAUCAGGGCUGUCCUCAAUGGGUCAAGAACAGAAAUACUGCUGACCCUGGAGAUGAUGUUGGGUUAUCGUGUGCGCUGAGCAGCUGAAACCUUUGUAUGCAGUUGGUUGUGCUCUUAUAGACUGGUAUGAGACACCGGCUUGCAGCCCAUUAUGGAGGUGACCUGAUUCGGUUCCAGAGCUGGGUUGUUCCGUUGCGCAGCCUCUCCAGCGGGCAGCGUUGGGGCUGGAUUACAGACGGACGGUCUGUUCACUGCAUUCACCGUAGUGCGACUUAGAUACCUUCUGUGGAGUCAUUAUGGACAGGCAAAUUUCAUUGGACUGUUUGAAAUGAAUGUAUUUAAUUAUAUGUAUUUAAGAAAAACUAUGCUGUUUUGUUUUUUGGGUUUUUUGUUUUGCUUUUUUUUUGUUUUUGAUUUUGUUUUCCUCAAGUUUUUGACACUGGUUUCUAACCUCAAUUUCCUUGGGCUGUCAGCCCAAUAGAUACUUUUGCUACCACAUGAAGGCUUUUUCUUUUCCCUUGUUUCAAAGUUUGUAUAUUUUUUACUGGGGGGGUGGGGUGGGGGGGGGUUCGAGCUGGGUGGGUCAGAGUUGUGAGUUUAAUCGUAAAAAACGCACCGCCGCAAAGGGUAAGAAAAGGAAAUUAAAAGGCACUGUGGAUUAUUCUACACCUCUACACAAAUUGGGCGUUUGAUAGAAUAUAAAUGUAGGCAAUUCAUUUUUUAAUUUUUUUUUAAUCUUCAUUUUGUAGGUGUUCAUUUAUUUCCCUGAGGUUAGUUGGUUGUAGCAGGGACAUACGUGUUUCUCUAAAUGCUCUGCAGUGCAUUACAAUUACGUAUAGCUGAAUGUGAAAAAUGUAAAUGAAAAAUCUGGGGUGCGUAUAAUUGAUUUUACACCGAUUUUCCUAGUCCCUCUCUUUUUUUUUUUUUUUUUUUUUCUUUUUAGAAAUAUUAAAGAACAAGCAUGUCACAUGUAGUUACGGUCAGUGGUGCCGUUGAGCAGGCGUAUGAGACCAGGGAAGGGGUUAUACCUUAUGGCACUUCCUCUCUUUUUCCAUUGCUAAAAUGUUCACUUGGAACUUUAUGAAAUCCAACAUUAGAGAACACUUCGCUUCAGGUUUAAGUUUCCUAUUAUUACAGGGUGGUUUAUUUUUUUUUUUAUGGUACAUUAAAAAAAUAGCUUCUGUGUAAACAAGCAAUAAUUUAAGUUGAAAGAUCUUUUAUUUGUAAUAGUUUGUUUUAUAAAAAAAAAAAAGUGUUGUCAAUUUAAAGUUUAAAAGGUACUUCAGUAUUAAAUAGGUAAUUUCUAAACUGUGGCCACUGAAAGUAGCUUUAAUGGUCACAAUGCUUUUGAUAGACCUAGUUUGUAGGCAUUGUCCUUUUUAACCCAAUGUCCUGCCUAGAUUCUGAAUGUUCUGUGUAGGAAAAUCACAAUGAUUUUCAGUUGCGUUCUUUCAUAAUACGGGAAUGGAAAAUUGUCCAUUUUCAGAGGACAUGAUCCCAAGAUUUUCUUUGCAAACCAUUAACAACGAUAAACCUUUUUGUUUGCACCGUCUCUGAUCUGUAGUUUUGUAAAUGCUUAUAUAUUAGCUUUCUACUAUUGUGGACAUUUAUGAAAAUUUGAUUCACACCAAAAAAAACUUUUAUUUAUGUUCACUUUAUAAUCUGUGCUGGAGAAAUUACUCUGGUGAGUUACUUAAGGGUUAGAGCAUUUUCUAUUUUCCAAGAAUUUUCAUAAAUGCCCAAGUUGGGAAGCGUAAUAAGAUGCUGGAGCACCAGCGGCCUAUCAGAUGCAUUGCAGCAUGGCACUUUGUGCUGAAGGAACGUUCUGGGAUUCUCUUAAGUCCAUUGGUGUUCUGUAUAAGAACUGGAUGUCGCAGACAACUGUUAACCUCCUGUAAUGUUCAUUGAUCCACAACCAGUGACCCUCUUAAGUGCAUAUUAAUUUGACCGAAUUCUAUUGUUGCACAGUAUCCAAACAUAAGAAAAUGUUGAAGUAUAUUAUGUAGAUAUCAUCACACAUGUCCAAUAGAUGUACAUGUUUUGUACAGAUAGAUUUUACUGACUUAAAAAGAAAAACAAA